AUGGCUGCCCAUCGCACGACCGGCAUGAACGCGAGCGAUGAAGAGAACCAGAGAUUCUUCCAAAAGCUCAAGCCAAUAUGCGUCCCACUCGUCGCAAAGUCACAUCUGGCACCAUCUACUAUCCCAGAGGUGUCCAGCCUCUUAACGCAACUCAUAGAGACAUUACGCGAUGCAGAACGCCAACGUCGGCAAUUCAAGCCGUCUCUCAUAUCCUAUAUCUUCUUUCCUAUCUCCUCCAUUCUCCGGCGUACAACCAACGCUGCUGUCCCGGACCAAGUCCUCGAGAAGCUUUUGACCGUCCUUUCCAUCUUGUGCGACCACUGGUGGUGGGACAUGGACGUGCCGACGUGGGAACAGAUCUUCAUGCUCUGUAGUGCUAUCACUGGUGGGCUGGACGGGAAGGGGAAGGGGAAACGAAGAGCCGACGAAGCUAUUGAAGCUGCCGCCCAAUGCUUGUGGACAUUGCUGCGUGAGAGACCUCCGGACGAAGACCCUGCUGGACCCAGCUCACGCGCCAACGACAUAUUUACGACGUUCCGAAGUCACAGUCAAACGCGCCCCUUCAUCCCCAUUCUCGGUCAGACCGUGAACUCGCUGCUUGAUGCGUCGCGUUCCCAGCACGCGCCACUCCAGCGCACCUCCCUGAAGGUCAUUCGCCUCAUCAUCGAAUGCUAUCUUCCGGAUGAUUUCAUCCCUUCCAUACUUCCCGGAGUCGUCAGCAGCAUGUGCAAGAUUGCCCUGGCCACUGGUAUCUCGAAGCGAUGGGCAAACGGAGAGACCGUUGCACUUGCUCUGGAUGUAAUUCGAGCUGUCACCAUUCGUGCCAUUGGGGACGAAAUCUGCGUUGCAGAGGGAGCAGUGCGGGGCCCAACUACCUUAGAAAAUUUGACUGAACUGACCUCGGACGCACCCGUAGAAGACCCAAAGCCUACGCCUCCGUAUGCGACCCGUCGUACGUCUUCUUGGCUGCGUGGAACUAGCUCACAACUCCAUAUCGCUCUCAAUACCCUGAAUCCUCUUGUCACUCACCCUUCCGCUACUGCCCUCCGAACGCUCACCGAUUUUGCUUCCGCGAUAUUGCGAGCGACCAUGCUCACACUACCGCAAAGCCAGCCUCUACUGCUAUCUUUCCUCCUAUUUCUUUCCCUGUCCGACUUCCCAGACGUCUCGAAGCAGGCGACGGCGCAUCUACUCGACCUCUGCGGCGACCCUGCGAGAUCCGAGCUCCUUCAGACGCUGCUGCAUAUCGCGAAGGACCACCUCAUGCGCUUCCCGCGACUCAUCCCGACACAAUCAGAUAUGAAAGUGGAACACAGUGCGGGAAUCGUGGAGGCUAUCUGUAGUCUGGGAACGACUCGAGAUGGUCGCCAGGGCCUUCGCACUGUAGCUUUGGAAGUGAGCAAGCUACUUGGGCCGAACGGGGGAAUAGAACGUUGGGGCUGGAGCCUGCUGUCGGUCCUGGAUUUAACAGUACCUUCAAUCACCGCGACGUCGACAUCGUCCGCGCAGCUCAUGCUGGAGAAUGAUAUUCAAGCCGCACAACUUGUCUCAUUCCCGGAGGCCAACCUCCGUCAAGUGGCCUCCCGCUCCGCCCAGCAAGCCUUGGAGCGCAUGUUCCGAGCUCUUGGUCGAGCAGCUCAGGAAGACGGACUGUUUGCCGUCGAGUGGUUCUUCGGGGUCGGUCGUGCAAGCGAGGAGGCUGAAGCUGCCGCUGCGCUCUGGUGCGGGACACGGCUGCUAGAGGGCAUCGCUGGCGUUUCUCUUGAGAUUGGUCAAAGACCGCAGAUUGUUCCGAAGCGUAGAAGGCUGGAAAAAUUCGCGCGAUGGCUCGCCAAAGCUCUUCCGGAGCUUUGGGACGACGAGGGCCGGUCCCUGCCUUCCGACCCAGAGCCCAUUCUCAAAACUAAGACUGAAGCCCAGAACGACGAGCCGCUCGUUGAACAUAUCAAGGGCUUAACCCAGAUUCGAGCACCCAUGCAAGUCGAUUUUUCGAGGCCCAGCACUGCUUCCAAGCGACAUGCCUCUUCGCCCGCCCUGUAUCGAGCCCUGGCACUACAGUCUCUCGCCAUAUGUGCCGGGAUUCUGCAAACAGGCUUUACUCAUCUUUUGCUAUACACCCUAUAUCCCGUCCUCAAUGCCCUCGUUUCAGACCACGACUAUCUCUCGUCGACUGCGCUGGCGACCUUGCAUUACAUCUCGUACUGCACAUCCUACGCCUCUCCAGCGAACUUGCUACUGUCCAACUUUGAUUAUGCUUUGGAUGCCGUGUCCCGACGACUGAACCGCCGGUGGCUCGACGUAGACGCCACAAGAGUGCUCGUUGUCCUCGUCCGCUUGGUGGGUCGUGAGGUGGUCCAGAAGGCGGGUGACGUCGUUGAGGAGUGCUUCGAUCGUUUGGACGAAUACCACGGCUACGAGGUCAUCGUCGACGGCCUUGUCGCGGUGCUGCUCGAGGUUGUUGUUGUCAUUGGGACGGAUGAAAUCAAUCUCCCUGAAGCUUCUAAAACGGCUACACCUGCUAAGACACGAUCCCAACUAGAUGCGGAUAAGUUCUCUGAGCUGUGCGACUGGGUCGUUCACCGCCACGAGAAGCCGGUCAAUCCUCCGGACGAUUUACCUCCCGACUUUGAGCCUGGCUCAUUCCCUCGGGAAUCAUGGGGCAAGGGGAAGAAUGAAGACGCGACUGAAGAGGCUUCCCAUACAGCCGAGGAUCCCCUGGCUGAGCCACCUCCAACCCCGACUCAAGCGCUGACAAAGCUCAUCGUCUCGCGGUCACUCUACUUCCUCACACACGGGUCCGCCAUGAUCAGGGCCAGGAUCCUGAAUUUGCUCAGCUCGGCUGUACCAGUUCUGCCGGACUCUGCGUUACUCCAGUCGAUACACCACGCCUGGCCGUUCAUCCUGAACCGCUUCUCUGACCCAGAGCCAUAUGUGACACGCGCUGCGGCAGCCCUCGUGGAAGCCCUUGCCACCCACGUCGGCGACUUCAUGUACCGAAGAGUCUGGACCGACAUUUGGCCGCGGUUUCGGAAGAUGCUGUAUCAACUCGAACAAGCCGAUGUCACCAAUGCUCUCGCUCGGCGGGCUCCAGGCGCAGUCGGCACGAGUUCAGCCUAUACUCACUCGCACCGUCUCUACACCGCGAUUCUCAACACGUUGUCCGCCUCCGUCGCGGGUGUCAAGGCGCAAAACCAGGUGGCAUGGGAAGUCAUCGUUGCGUGCCGGCGGUUCCUACACGCUGGGGCACACGAGGAGCUGCAGGCUUGUGCGGUCAAGCUUUUCAAGGCACUCUGUCUCGAGCAUGAGGACGCUGUUUGGCUUGCAUUGUCGGCUACUGCAGGUAGCAUCCCCGCAUGCGCGUUCCUCUGCGAAUCAAGAUGGGAUAUUUCGCGGAAUAUGCGAAUAAUAGUGUCCCCCUAGACCUACAAACGUAUCUGAAGGCGUGUGGCGAACCAGGUGUCAAAUAUCUGGUGGUGGUGCGUGUCGACGAAGCAUCACGCCCGCUUCCCUGAAGAGCGCGGCCGAGGCGUCGUCUCUGUCUCGGCAAUAAUCGUAUUAGUCACGCAGAAAAAGUUCACAGGGCGACCUACACUUUGUAGCUCAGAUUAUAUACUACCUCCUGCACACCAGCCUGUAUAAUUUUGAUUGUACAUGUCAAGCAUGGGCAUCUAAGGACAUAGUUUC